AUGUUGACGGCGAGAUUCGAACUUGCGCCCUUUCGGACUGGAGCCUUAAUCAUCGCCUUAACAACUUGGCCAAGUCAAGUUAUAUUAAUGAUUUUUAUUAUGAAUUAACAUUUAACUGUCAAAAAGUAAUAAUUUAUAUAUUAAUUGAAUUAAAUGUUAACAUAAAAUGUACAAGGUUAGUUAUAAGGUCCAAGAUUAAGUACUGGAUUAGGUUAAAAUAUUUAAAUGGGACUAGGAAUGAUUUAACCAAAUUUUGGACUUUAAUAAUAAAAUUCUUAAUAAACAUUUAUGCCUUUAAGUACUUAAUUACCUUUUCCAGGAGUUCCAUAAUAUUAAGGAUAAAUACCAUUAUAAUAUUAAAUGGCAAUUUAGAAUAUAAAUUAAGGAUAAUUAUCUUAACAUUAAAUAAAUUAUUAAUAACAGCCAUUAGUUGUUUAAAAUUUAAUUUAACCUCAACCAUAAAUCUAAUAUUAAUAAUAAGUUGUUUAACCUCCUCCAUUGUAAAUAACAUAACCAGCUUAAAUAGACAGAAAAGUUAAUUAUAUUCCAUAAAUAAAAUAAAUAGUCAAAAUGGAAGAAUAAGAAAUUGAAGAAAUAGUUCCUGUUGAAAGAACAAUAGUAGAAUAUAUUCCUGUUUAAACAAUUAUAGGUAAAAAUAUAAUAAAAUUAUUAUUUUUUUAGAGAAAGUACCUAUUCCAGUAGAAAUUCCAUAUGAAAUUAUGAUACCAAAACCUUAUUAAUAAGAAAUUAAAUAUCCAAAUCCAUAAAACUAAUUCAUCACAGAUAAUAGGGGAAAUCCACUUUCUAAUCCUGAUUAUUUAAAUCAAAAUAGAAUUCCUCCAAUAGAUCCAAAUUCUUAAUAAAAAUUUGAAAGUGAAGAGGAAGAUGAAGAAUAACCUGAUGACGAAUAUGAUGAAUAAAUAGAAAAAUAUACUAGAAUUAUAGAAGAUAUUAAAUAAAGAAGAAGAAGAAGAAGAAAUAGAUUAGGAUUAAGUCCAGAUGAUGAAGAUGAUUUUAAUAUUAGAAAAUUCUAAUCAAAAUUUGGAUCACCAUAUGAAGAUUUAGAUGGUUAUAAUGGUGGUGGUUAUAGUGGUGGUGGUUAUAAGGGUGGUGGUUAUAGUGGUGGCGGUUAUAGUGGCGGUGGUUAUAGUGGCGGUGGUUAUAGUGGAGGUGGUUAUAGUGGAGGUGGUUAUAGUGGAGGAAAUUCAAGAUACUAAAACUAUAAGAUGGACAGAGGAUAUCAUGGUAGAGACAAAAAUGCCAAUGAUUAUUUAAGAAGAUGA